AUGGUCCUAACCCCAGAUACAGACUACAAAACAAACAUCGAUUUUAGUUAGACUGCCAAUAAGAAGUUGAAGAUCUUCUUUUCAAAGAGAGCAGCCAGCAAACUCAAGUAGCCAGAAAAGAAUCUCUUUAUUGGUGGUGUACAUUUAAAGGAGUACACACCGUCAUAGAACAAGAUAACAGAAUUAGUCAGACCAUUAACUUCUAUGAACGAGGAUACAUUCAAUUAGAAUGAUGAUCAACCUAUAUGGAACAAUAAAAAGCUUCAGGAAAAACUUAACAGCAACUUAUCGAUCUUAAACACUUAAUCUCAGCAUGCAAGCACUACUUUUGAAGGUCACAUUGAAUCGUCAUUUGUAUUAAAAAACUAAGAAGCCUCAAAUUAUGGAGGAGUAUCAGAUCAUUUAGACUUUAAGCAGGUGUUUUAAAAGACAAAGAAAAAGUUUUGGGAAUAUCAGAGUGCUCAUGUUUAGAUUUAGACUCUUAGCUUUAAGGUCGCUAAACUGUUCAGAAAUGAGAGUGCAAAGCAAAGUAAAAAUGCUCAUCUAAAAGAGUUCCUAAACUCUUUAAUCAUAAGCUAGACAAACAAGCUUUUGAAUAAUAGCAAUAAUGGAAUGAAUCUAAACUAUCAAAAUAUACAAUAAAAGGGCAAGAUCAGAGGCUAGGCUUAAUCUGUAGGUACUGGAAAUAUAAUAGGAAAUGGGACAGGAAAAAGAAUCUCGUAAAGCAUGAAUAACUAGUUCUUGAGAAUUCAACCCAAGGCAGCAAAUACAAGUAUUGAUAGGAAAAUUCGAAUGUUCAGCGAUAUUUCAUAAGAAUUGAAAUAGAUGAAUUAAAUUAACCUUGUGACAAAACCUGCCUCCCAAAAUAGAAAAUUCAAUUAAUCACAAGAUCAGAUGUUGAUGAACAAUACUGGGAAGGAGACUAAUGAUGAAAGAAAGCAUAAAUUCAUGAUAAAUUUGAGAUCCCCAUACAUAUCUUCAGGUCCAAAUUUGGAUUAAAGAUCAAACGAGAGUAAAAAAGUCAUGCCAUUUAAGAAUUUAGACGAAAUCGACGGUUUUAGAAGAGGUAUUUAUAUAGACUAGAGUGAGGCUUCUCUAAAAUUAUGA